AUGUUACACCGUCUUUACAUUAGUGGAUAUAAACAGUUCACACGUUGCAGGCCUGCACCUUUCACAAGACGUUCCAAUGCAAUUCAAGUUAGACCUUAUGCUUCCUAUCGCCGUUUCAACAACUCACAAUCAUCAACAAAUAUCUACCAAUACUACUUGCUGUUGCUUACGAGCAGAAAAGCAAUGUACAUAGGAGGCGGUCUUUUGGGGUUUUACCUUUUCAAUCUUCACGAAGCACCUUUCACUCAUAGACUUCGAUUUAUAUGGAUUCCAUUUUGGAUUGAGACCAAAAUUGGUGAUUAUAGCUAUAGACAAAUAAUGUCCCAAUACGGCUCAAUGAUUUUACCCCAUCUGAACCCACUUUAUGGAAGAAUUACUACCAUUAUGAAUAAAUUACUAGCAACAGCAAUUGCUAAUGAUGAGGAUCAGACCCAGAAAAGGCAUUUACAACAAUUGCAUUGGGAAAUUAACAUCAUUCAGAAUGAUAAAUUACCGCCGAAUGCAUUCAUAUUACCAAAUGGUAAGAUCUUCAUAUUCAGUUCUAUCUUGCCAAUUUGCGAGAACGACGACGGUUUGGCAACUGUUUUAUCUCACGAGCUAUCACAUCAAUUAGCUCAACAUUCAAGUGAGCAGUUGAGUUCGCAACCUAUCUAUAUGUUCUUAUCGGCGGUAUUAUACUCAUUGACGGGAGUUUCAUGGUUCAAUGACUUGCUCAUCAACGGUCUUUUCACAAUGCCCGCUAGCAGAGAAAUGGAAACAGAGGCUGAUCACAUUGGAUGUGAAUUAUUGGCUAAAAGCUGUUUUAAUCCUGAUCAGUCCAUAAAGUUUUGGGAAAGAAUGGGGCAGGAAGAACAGAGAUUGACUCGACAAAUGGGUGGUGGAGGUGCUGCCAAUUCAGUUUUGGGCCAAUGGUUCUCUACACAUCCCGCUACCACAAAGAGAAUUCAUGACAUUCAAGAGUGGUUGCCCAAGUUGAGGGAAAUGAGGGAAAGCAGUGGAUGCUACGAAUAUGGAAGGUUCCAUGACUUCAGCGCUAAUUACUUCAAGAAAUAUUGA